GUGUGUACCUGUAGGUCAAAGCAGCUUCACCCGCGGGACGGUUAGAAAGGUGAAGAAGCAAUGGCGCUGUCUCAGUGCCUGGACGACUCACUCUUAAGGGCGAAGGCAACACACACAGGGGCCGCGUUGUGUGACCUCCAGGAGGUGUACAACGAGAGACACCGGCUCGCCUUGGAGGAGCUGUUGUCCGGGGGGGUUGACAGCUUUCUCGCUUUUCUUAGGAAGGAGUCCAUCGCCAACUUCCUGUCUGACGAUGAGCUCCAGUGGAUCCGGGGCGCCGCCGUGGCUCCCCGGCGCGUGUCGGUGCUCGGCGAGGACCAGGCGCCGCCGGAGCAGUCUCUCAGCAGCUCGGUUGACUGUUCGUCGGUGACUUACUUCCCCGAGGUGUCGGACGUGGAGCCGCCGCCGCUGGAGAUCGGCUGGCCCGCCUUCACUGCGGGCUCUUACCGGGGAGUCACCAGGGCCGUGGCUCACUUCCAGCCAAGCUAUGGGGUUAACAUCUACGCCUGCAAAGAAGCUGCAAGGAAAAUGAUCAGCAGUGCCAGAGAGGUGAUUGCCAUAGUUACGGAUUCCCUGACAGACCUGGAUAUCUUUAAGGAUCUUCAAGAGGCGUGUUCUGUCCGCAAAGUCCCCGUUUACAUUCUGCUGGACCAGUCAAGCUGUUCCGCUUUCCUCAAGAUGUGCAGAAACAUUAGCGUUAGCUUGGAUGACCUUCAGCAAAUGAGAGUGAGAACCAUAACUGGCACGACUUAUUACACAAGAUCAGGAGCAAGAAUCACUGGGAGAGUUCAUGAGCGGUUCAUGCUGAUUGAUGGGAACCGUGCAGCUACAGGUUCAUACAGGUUCAACUGGACUGAUGGCAAAUUGAACACCAGCAACUUAAUCGAGCUUUCUGGUCAAAUAACAGAAAAGUUUGACGAAGAGUUCCGGAUUCUUUAUGCACAGUCUCUUCCCUUGAAUAUCCGAGGACCUGCAAGUGUACAAAACAGUGCGAUCCUUGAGCACAUUCCUAGCAAGCAUCUGCUCACCUCCUCCCCAUACCUGAGCAGGGUGAGGUCAUUGGAGCAAGUGUUUCUGACCAGCACACCAGGCCAUAAAAUCAGCACUUCAUCCUUCCAGCCUCCCUGUGUGGGCUCCGCUCCAGAGGUGGGUCAAAGCAACAGCAGAGCAUCAAACACUUCUACUAUUGGCGAGGCCUGGUUGGAUCAGCAGCGAAUGCAAGAAGAAAUCCUGGCCUGUGGUCUGAUUCCCCCAGCAGAGGAGUCUGCAACAAGCAAGCCUUUACCACCGGGUGUAGAGUCCUGCCACGUGGCCACUCAGACCGGUUUAUCAGUGGAAGACGGUGACGCGCAGACAGACCUCCAACUCACGCAGGACCCAAAUCUCACACUCCGCCAGAACAAGGCCUCCUCUCUCAGGCUGAUCAUCCCCACCCAGGCAGCUCCAGCUGACACCGUGAAGGACUGCCUCAGCAAUCUGACCAAAGAGCGCCAACGCCACUACUCAGCCAUCCGCUCCAAGCUGGAACACAUGAUGGCCACCGUGUCACAACGGCGAGAGCUAGCAGACAUUGGCGUUAUGACUCAAGGUCGACGGGGGGUAAACAAAGAGAUCCUGGGGGCAGACCCUACCCUUGCUGAGAAUGCAGUCAUGGUCACCUGGCCAAGAGCCAGAUGUGUACACUAGCUUUACCUACUCCCCCCCCCCCCCGGUUUGGGACACUUGGAUAAGGGCUGCUGCAGGGUUUCUUUGGACUGCUGUACUAGAAUGUCAUCUGUUUUACAUUGGCACUUUGUUUUUGUCUGGUGCCAAAUUGUUGCCUUUCUGUUGUGUUUUUAUGCCAUGUUCAUACAAUUUUGGGUGUAAUGGUCGCAAAAUAAUAGUUGAUCACACGAUGUAGCAAUUGUGCAAUACUACUGUUACUAUAAUGAAUAACUUCCAGAUGUACAACCCCAAUUCCAAUGAAGUUUGGACAUUGUGUUAAACAUAAAUAAAAACAGAAUACAAUGAUUUGCAAAUCGUGUUCAACUUAUAUGUAAUUGAAUACACAACAAAAACCAGAUAUUUAAUGUUCAAACUGAUAAAGUUUAUUGUUUUUAGCAAAUAAUCAUUAACUUAGAAUUUUAUGGCUGCAACAUGUUCCAAAAAAGCUGGGACAGGGUCAUGUUUACCACUGUGUCACAAAACCUUUUCUUUUAACAUUCAAUAAACGUUUGGGAACUGAGGACACCAAUUGUUGAAGCUUUGUAGGUGGAAUUCUUUCCCAUUCUUGCUUGACUUACAGCUUCAUUCUUGCUUGACGUACAGCUUAUGCUUCAUAAUGCGCCACACAUUUUCAAUGGGAGACAGGUCUGGACUGCAGGCAGGCCAAUCGAAUACCCGCACUCUUUUACUACAAAGCCACGCUGUUGUAACACGUGCAGAGUGUGGUUUGUCAUUUUCUUGCUGAAAUAAGCAGGGGUGUCUAUGAAAAAGCCGUUGCUUGGAUGGCAGCAUAUGUUUCUCCAAAACCUGUAUGUACCUUUCAGCAUUAAUGGUGCCUUCACGGAUGUGUACGUUACCCAUGUCAUUGGCACUAACACAGCCCCAUACCAUCACAGAUGCUGGCUUUUGAACUUUGCGUCCAUAACAGUCCGGAUGGCUCUUUCCCUCUUUGGCCAGGAGGACACGACGUCCACAAUUUCCAAAAACAAUUUGAAAUGUGGACCGGUCGGACCCCAGAACACUUUUUCACUUUGCAUCAGUCCAUCUUAGAGGAGCUCGGGCAGCAGUGAAGCCGGCGACGUUUCUGGGUGUUGUUGAUAAAUGGAUUUUGCUUUGCAUAGUAGAGUUUCAAGUUGCAUUAACGGAUGAAGCGCCAAACUGUAUUUACUGAAAUUGUUUUUCUGAUGUGUUCCUGAGCCCAUGUGGUGAUAUCCUUUACACAUUGAUGUUGGUUUUUGAUGCAGUGCCGCCUGAGGGAUCGAAGGUCAGGGGCAUUCAAUGUUGGUUUUCGGCCUUGCCGCUUACAUGCAGUGAUUUCUCCAGAUUCUCUGAACCUUUUGAUGAUAUUAUGGACCGUAGAUGAUAAAAUCCCUAAAUUCCUUGCAAUUGUACGUUGAGGAACAUUGUCCUAAAACUGUUUGAUAUUUUCUCACACACUUGUUCACAAAGAGGUGAACCUCGCCCCAUCUUUGCUUGUGAAUGACUGAGCAAUUCAGGGAAGCUUCUUUUAUACCCAAUCAUGUGACCCACCUGUUCCCAAUUAGCCUGUUCAGCUGGGGGAUGUUCCAAAGAGGUGUUUGAUCAGCAUUACUCAACUUUGUCAGUCUUUUUUUGCCACCUGUGCCAGCUUUUUUGGAACGUGUUGCCGCUAUAAAGUUCUAAGUUAAUGAUUAUUUGCUAAAAACAAUAGUUUAUCAGUUUGAACAUUAAAUGUCUUUGUAGUGUAUUCAAUUAAAUAUAGGUUGAACAUGAUUUGCAAAUCAUUGUAUUCUGUUUUUAUUUAUGUUUAACACAACAUCCCCACUUCAUCUGAAUUGGGGUUGUAGAUAAUACAUCAGUUAGAGCAGAGGUCACCAAUAUGGUGCCUGCGGACACCAGGUAGUUCCAAGGACCACGAGUAGCCAACGGGCUGUUCUAGAAAUACCUCACCAUUGAGAUGCAACUAGUUUUGUUUAAAAACACACUUGCAUUGAUAUAAAUUUGGAAAUGAGAAAAUUUUUAAAAGACCUGGUAUAGUUCAAAUGUUCGAAUUUAAAGUUCAUGAAGACAAGUGAGUCGCAACAAUGACGAUGAAGAGUUGAUUCCCAAUAAUUUGAGCAGAUUUGUUAUUUUAGAAGCAUGUAUCAAACUGGUUGCACUUCGCAUCAAUUAGUAGCCUAUCCAAGUAGUAAAUCUCACUUUCCAAAAGGUUGGUGAGCCAGUGAUACAAUAAGGAUGAUUGAAAGUACAUUUGUGUGAUGUGGGUAUUGAAAUCAAACAUGGUUGUGGUAAAUGCAUCUAAAUAUACUUGCCCAUUGCGCCUAGCUAAUAAUAAAGUGGCCUUUUUGCUUCUUGA